AGGCCUACCACUACUUUCAACGGGUCUAACUUUUAAAGUCCCUUCACUUUCUUUCUUUCUUUCUUUCUCCCCAAAUCCGUCUAUACACAAAAUGACAAUCAUGGUUCGCUAGUCAAAUGAAUCUCUGUAGCCUUUUCUCCCUCAAUAUCUUCUUGAUGGGUACUUAAAUCCUUAAACAUCUUAUCAAGAACCGUAAAACAAAGGACUGGCUGCACGUUAAUCUCAAUAUAAGCCAAAGAAAACAGAAUUGUCACCAGCUCAUCUUAUCUCCAAGACACCAUUCAAAAAACGUGGGUAGUACUGACAUGACCAGCCUCUGAGAAACAUUCAAAUUGUUUCAAGAAGCGCUUUCCUAACCAGACGAGAACUGGUUAUCCGUGGUUGGUGAACGCGGAAUUUUUGGGUACACAGUACAUCUUUGGAUGCAACACACAGAAAAAUCUAAGUUGUCCCCUUAUGGAUGCAUCUAUGAACGUGGUGUAUAAGGCCUACAUUUGGCUUGAUCUCCUUAACGAAUCAUAUUGCCCCAAAAACCACAUAAACUUCAUGUAAUUUUCCCUUCUUGUAAAGUCAUCAAUCACAAACCCAUAUGCAUGAGGCAGUAGUACCUGAAAGCCACUUCUCUCAUUCAUUUCUUGAUACAAAGCUACUACACAAGAUUCAAACCUGAAUCAUAUAAGCAAAUGAUACCUAUCUCCAAACCUCCAGUUUCCAUAGCUCUAAGUUUCUCCACAGGUGAGGCCUACCCUACCUUACAGUUCCCCUUGACCAUGCUGAUAAGAUCUUCAGGUUGUAAGGCUGCAACUGUCCAUAAUCUCAGUUACAUGCGUUGUCGAAUCAAUGAGAAAUCAAAGCUAACCUGGGAAUUGGGUUGGAUCCCAUUUUCUCUCAUCAUACACCUAAACUCUCAUCCUCUACGAUCCCAAGCUUUCCAAAACUCUAAAAUCAACGGAAUUGGCCAAAAGAACCAGGAAAGCCCCAAUCUUUUCUAAUUUCACGAAAACCUAAUCCUAUCAACAUCGUUAACCAAAAGCCAGUACACAAUCAUCAAGGAGAUGUAGUAGCACUCAAGCUCGUAUACAUAUAUUCUUUUGAUCGGAAUCUUUCAACAGAGACUGCCGCAGCGGUGGAGACAACGAUGGUAUAGUCCUUGAACAAGCCCUGGUCUUAACCGGAAAUGGUAGGGCUCAUAGCAACUGGUCCUAUGGGCUAGUGGUCAGGACAUUGGACUCUGAAUCCAGUAACCCGAGUUCAAAUCUCGUCUAAAGACUUAACCUUUGGCGGUGGAGAGAACCAACGAGAAGAGAAAGGAAAAAAGGAUCUUCCUUUGAGAUUUGAGAAGAAGUACACAAGCUCCAUGGCAGCUCUCUGUUGUUGUCCUACCACCAUCAUCGUUGUCUCCGGUAAGCUUCCUUCACGGAUUAGAAUCGCCGAUCAGUUGCCUAGACUCAACCCUUUUAAGAAUCAGAGACGAUUGAUUGCAUCAAAGAAGAGGAGUUUGAUCGUUGUUGGCUCCAUCAUUGAAGACAGAGAAGCAAUCGAUGUGAAAAGUGUUAAUUUCGAGCCAGAAGAAGAAAGAAAAGAAGAUGAAGGAGAUGGAGAAGAUAGAGAUAACGAUCGGUUGAUGAGUCGAGGAAUCAACGCAACCAUAGUUCUCGCCGCCGGUACUGUUGCGGUUACGAAGCUUUUAUCCAUCGAUCAUGACUAUUGGCAAGGUUGGACUCUCUACGAGAUACUCAGGUAUGCGCCUGAACACAAUUGGGUUGCAUAUGAACAAAUUCUCAAAACAAACCCGGUUUUGGCGAAAAUGGCCAUCAGUGGAAUUGUGUAUUCUCUUGGAGAUUGGAUUGCACAAUGCUAUGAAGGAAAACCACUAUUUGAGUUUGAUCGAUCUCGUGUAGUUAGAUCAGGUCUUGUUGGAUUCACUCUCCAUGGUUCACUCUCUCAUUAUUACUACCAAUUCUGUGAGGCUCUCUUUCCUUUUCAAGAAUGGUGGGUAGUCCCUGCAAAAAUCGCCUUUGAUCAAACCGUGUGGUCUGCAAUUUGGAAUAGUAUAUACUUUACAGUUUUAGGGCUCUUGCGUUUUCAAUCUCCAGCUGACAUUUUCAGCGAAAUCAAGACCACAUUUUGGCCAAUGAUCACUGCAGGCUGGAAACUCUGGCCAUUGGCUCACUUGGUUACAUACGGUGUAAUUCCUGUAGACCAAAGGCUUCUUUGGGUGGAUUGUAUUGAACUCAUAUGGGUCACUAUAUUGUCGACUUACUCAAAUGAGAAGGCAGAGGCGCCAGCAUUAGAGAAAACAAACUCUAACUCGAGUGAGGUUUGUCAACUGUUGAGACCCCCCUCUUCAAAAAUAGACUUGAGCGUUUAAAUGUUUUGGUCAGAG